AUGUCCAGCCGCAACUUUUCGAACUUCAGCUUCUACCGUGGGAAGUUUAAGUUCCUGCCAGUCACCUUGUCUUCUCCAACAGCCACUCUCAAGACCGUCAAGUCAAGAGUCCCGCUAAAGGCUAGACUGGAGCUCAAGCAGGUGACGAAGCGACUCCGAAAGAUAAAAAUGAGGACUACGAGCCGCCGUUUGGGGCUGAAGUGGUUGCUAAAGAAAUCAUUGUCCAUGUGGCCGAGUUCUCAAUAUCUGCUACAGGACACACGAAAGAAGACGAAGAGUGCAAGCUCAAGGACCAUAGAAGCCCUAGGCAACACCUGGGGUCUUCGUCCUAAUUCUUCUAUCCCAGUUUUCCAUACCAAAGUAGGCGGCUUCUACGCUAUCAACACCACGCCCACGACGACGGUCACGGCCACAAUCACGGUGGGCUUGGAGGGACGUGAAUCUCCCAGACUCUGCGGAGGUUCAUUAUCGCCAAUAGCCAGCAGAUCGUACAGACAGCGUGAGUGGGGCUGGGAAGGUGUACGGUGA